CAUUCACACAAAUGAGUCUCAGCAAAGGGUUCCCAAAUUGCUCUCAAAUCCAUCUAUCCAUUUCGAAUCAAUCAUCGAAAAUUCUUAUAUUUAUAGAGAGAGAGAGGGAGAGUGGUGCAGUUUAGGAGCUCGUGAAGAGAUAGAUAGAUGAAAUUAGAGAGAGAAAGAUACAAAAAUGGUGGAGAGAAACGUUGGAGUUGUCGCUGAGUUGUUGGGGGCAGAAAAAUGAAACCUCUUCUUGUCUUUUUAUAAUUUUUCCAAUUUGUGGAUUGAAGGGUUUUGUGUAGAGAGAGAAGGGGGAUAGAGUGAGAAAAAUGAAGCAUCGGCGAGGUUAAAUCCAUUGGGUUUGAUCUGUUUGGAAUUUCCAGAUCCUAAUUUGGGGUUCUAGAGAGAGAGAGAUUGAAGAAUGAAUCCCAAUCCCAUUUUGGGAUAGAAUCAAUUUUUUCUUUUUUGAAUUUGGGUGGGGAUUUGGUGAUUUCUCGCUCUUUUUGGUUGUUUGUAGAGAGAGAAAACUGAUUCGAUCAAGAACAAUGAUGGAUGAUGAUUCUGAUGGAUCUGAGUUUGUUGAAGUUGAUCCGACAGGAAGAUAUGGAAGAUAUAAUGAGAUUCUUGGAAAAGGUUCUUCAAAGACUGUCUAUAAGGGUUUUGAUGAGUAUGAAGGGAUUGAAGUGGCCUGGAAUCAAUUGAAGCUACACGAUUUCUUGCGAAGCCCCGAGGAUCUCGAGAGGCUUUAUUGUGAAAUUCAUUUGCUAAAGACGUUGAAGCAUAAGAACAUAAUGAAAUUCUUCACUUCUUGGGUUGAUACCGCCAACCGGAACAUUAAUUUCGUCACCGAGAUGUUCACUUCCGGCACUCUUCGACAGUUUCGGAUGAACCAUAAACGUGUACACAUCCGAGCGAUCAAGCAUUGGUGUCGACAGAUAUUGGAGGGCCUUCAUUAUCUCCAUAGCCAUGAUCCUCCGAUAAUUCAUCGGGACCUAAAGUGUGACAAUAUCUUUAUCAAUGGCAAUCAAGGCGAAGUCAAGAUCGGUGAUCUCGGCCUUGCUGCAAUUCUUAAGAAAUCUCACGCGGCUCAUUGUGUAGGGACACCGGAAUUCAUGGCUCCUGAAGUAUACGAUGAAGAAUAUAACGAAUUAGUUGACAUUUACUCAUUUGGCAUGUGCAUUCUAGAAAUGGUGACCUUCGAGUAUCCGUAUAGCGAGUGUUGUCAUCCCGCGCAAAUUUACAAGAAAGUUGUCUCCGGAAAAAAACCGGAUUCGCUAUACAAAGUGAAAGAUCCCGAGGUUCGACAAUUCAUCGAGAAAUGUCUAGCAUCGGUGUCGGAUAGGUUGUCCGCUUGGGAGCUUCUCAACGAUCCAUUUCUUCAAACCGACGAUUAUGUUAAUGAUCUAUUCCCGCUAACUUAUCAAUACCCGAGUUUGAAUCGAUGCCUUCGCGACGCUCAUCGUAGCACUUCGGGCUCGUUGGUGAACGGGUACGCAAAUUUUCUCGGUUACGAACAUGAAAAUGACUUUGAAAGGUACUCGGUUGCGAACGAGAUGGAUUUAUUCGCGAGUCAAGAUUACGACCGCUCGGAGAACAUAGACGUUACGAUCAAAGGGCAAAGGAGGGAGGACGACAACAUUUUCUUAAGACUCCGAAUCGCCGACAAGGAAGGUCGUGUCCGCAACAUUUACUUCCCGUUCGAUAUCGACACGGAUACGGCUUUGAGCGUUGCGACCGAGAUGGUGUUUGAAUUAGACAUCCACGAUCACGAUGUUACCAAAAUCGCGGAGAUGAUCGACAACGAGAUUUCCUCGUUGGUGCCGGAUUGGACAAGCGAGUUGCGUAUCGAAGAUAUCCCGGAUCCUAAAACCGACAAUUGUUGCCACAAUUGCGGCUCAAUUGCCGGCUACUUGUCCUCCGAGCGAUCGGGUAAGAACGUGCAAGUUCUUCGAUGCUCGAAACAAGGUUGCGGCACCGUGCACGGUCGAUUUGAAGAGAUUACGUAUAAAGUCGAAGGGUCCGAGCAAAAACAUAUCGCUGCCGGUUUGCUCGACGACGGGGUCAAUAAUCCGGGCGACGGGCCAUUUACCGACAUAUGGGCGCAACAUGAGGGCGGGCCUAAGGUAAACGCCCAACUCGACGACAACGACGACCAUUUUAUCGAUGAACACAAAAAUUCGAACCACUUUGCCGAGAAGGACAAUAUGAUCGAUGACGAUCGAUCUUUGUUUACUGAGAAAGCCUUGAUUCAACCGGAGGACUACGAAAAUGAGAUUCGACAAGAGAUGAGAUGGCUUAAAGCCAAAUACCAAAUGCAAAUAAGAAAACUCCGAGAUCAACAAUUAGGCGUCGUAUCGCGAUAUUCCGACCCGAAUUUUGAAAAAUUACGGGCUGUAUCGCGACAUUCAAACCCGGGUUUUGAAAAAGUCGAAGAAAUGGCUCGCGAAGACGGGAACGGCGAGGUAACUCCCGACUAUAAUGGGACGUUCGACGGGUAUGAGUCGAUAUGCGAUACGUUUGGUGGGCUAAACAUAGGCGCAGCACGCAACCUCUAUUCGAAACAUUUUUUACCUAACUCGCUUCAUCGAGCGACGUCUUUACCGGUCGAUGCGACAGAUGCUUAACUUCGUGUCGUGUUCGUAUACUAAUGUAUUUCUUCGACAGAUACUUAACUCCGUGUCGUGUGCGUAUACUAAUGUAUUUCUUCGACAGAUACUUAACUCCGUGUCGUGUUCGUAUACUAAUGUAUUUCUUCGACAGAUACUUAACUCCGUGUCGUGUGCGUAUACUAAUGUAUUUCUUCAUGUAUUUUGAAUUUGAUACAUCGAUAAAAAUUUUGAAUUAAAAUAGUUGUUUGAGUGUUGAUUGAUA